CACUAGUGUAACAGGCGGGUUCCACACACACAGCGCACUGAACUUUCCUGUCAGUGGACGGGCUUUACUCAUCCCAGUCAGUAUCUGAGCGGCUCUGAGUGGCUUUGGGACGCGAAAGGUCUUUUUCCAACUGAAAUAUACUACAACUGAAAGCAAACGCUAAAUAAAACAACAGAAAGAAUCAUGGAAGUCAAUGGAAAUGUCGGCAGAUUCGGUCUGGAGGGAGACCCGGACCUGCAGUUUUUGCUGAAAGGUGGAGACCUACUAAAGGUGAAGUCCAGGUCAUGGAGGAAGACCCGCUUCUUUCGGCUGAAUGAUGACUGCAAGACUAUGUGGCAACAGACCAGCAAGACUUUCAAGAGCGACUCCGGCUUCAGCCUCGAGGACAUCGAUUCUGUGCGGUAUGGCCGUCAGACUGAAGGGCUGCGGAAGUACACUGACCUCUCAGUGGAGGACCGCUGCUUCUCCAUCAUCUUCAAAAGUCGACGGAAGAACGUGGACUUGAUCGCCUCAUCCAAAGAGGAGGCCAAGCGGUGGGUCAGUGGUCUGGAGAAGGUCAUAACUGGCAUGCAAAACCUCAACCGACAACAGAACACCGAACACUGGAUCUAUAACUGCAUGCGCAAGGCAGACAAGAACGCAGACAACAAAAUGUCCUUGAAGGAGUUGAAGCAUUUCCUACGUCAGAUCAAUAUUGAGGUGGACGACAGUUACGCUGAGAUGCUCUUCAAGAAGUGUGACAGAUCACAGUCAGGCACUCUAGAGGGAUCUGAGAUCAAACACUUCUACGAUUUACUGACUUACCGUGAUGAAAUUGAUGUGAUCUAUGCGAAGUACGCUAGUACUAAUGGACAGAUGAGCUCCGGCGACCUGUUGGACUUCCUCCAAUAUGAGCAGAGGGAGCCAGUGUCUUCGGAGUAUGUGCAGAAGCUUAUCGAGAAAUAUGAGGUGGAUGAAAUAGCUAAACAGAACAAGUGCAUGAGCAAAGAUGGUUUCCUGAUGUACAUGAACCAUGAGGAAGGCUCCAUCUUUAACCCCGUCCACAAAGGCAUAUACCAAGACAUGCGCCAACCGCUCAAUCAUUACUUCAUUUCCUCUUCCCACAACACCUAUCUGAUGGAGGACCAGCUGAAGGGGCCUAGCAGCACAGAAGCCUAUAUCAAAGCUCUGAUGAAGAGCUGCCGCUGUGUGGAGCUGGAUUGCUGGGAUGGUGCAAACGGAGAGCCGGUCAUUUACCACGGCCAUACGCUCACAUCCAAAGUGCUCUUCAAAGAUGUCAUCAAGGCCAUCAAAGAAUAUGCUUUCAAAACCUCACAGUAUCCAGUGAUCCUGUCUUUGGAGAACCAUUGCUCCGUAGAGCAGCAGAAGAUCAUGGCCCAUCACUUAACCUCCAUCCUGGGCAGCGCUCUGCUCACUCAACCCCUGGGGUAUCAAAUGCCCACCACUUUUCCAGGACCUGAGGAGCUGAAGGGACGUUUCCUGAUCAAGGGCAAGCGUUUGAACAAACUGGAUGCAACAUUCAACAACAACACCACCGAGGAUGAGGACAGUGUGUCAGAGGAAGAUGAGGCUGCUGAACUCAAAGAGGCUGAACAGAAACCAAAGGAAAAGAGUUCCAACAAGAUCAAGCUGGCUAAGGAGCUGUCAGACAUGGUCAUCUACUGUAAGAGUGUCCAUUUCAGCACCUUCGAGCAUUCAAGAGACAACCACAAUUUCUAUGAAAUGGCCUCCUUCAAGGAGAGCAAAGCAAUGAACCUGGCAGAAAACUCAGCUACAGCAUUUAUUCAUCACAACAUGGAUAAGCUGAGCAGAAUCUACCCAGCCGGCUCCAGAACUGAUUCAUCCAACUACAAUCCAGUGCCACUGUGGAACGCUGGCUGCCAAAUAGUGGCUCUAAACUUCCAGACUCCUUGUAAGGAGAUGGAACUGAAUCAGGGCCGCUUUCUACCUAAUGGCAAGUGUGGCUACAUGCUGAAGCCAGAGUUUCAGAGGGACCCGGCCUCCCAGUUUGACCCCAAGAACCUCAGUGUAGGCCCCUGGCUGCAGAAAAAGACCUUGCAUGUCAUGAUAAUCUCAGCCCAGCAGCUGCCUAAGAUCAAUAAGGACAAGCAGAAGUCCAUCGUGGACCCUCUGGUCAGGGUGGAGAUCUACGGUGUGCCCGCCGACAAUGCCAGCAAACAGACACAUCACAUUGAAAACAAUGGUUUCAAUCCUACGUGGAACACAGACUUCCAGUUCACUGUUCACGUGCCGGAACUGGCUUUGGUGCGGUUUGUGGUGGAGGACUAUGAUGCUGCUUCCCAUAAUGACCUGGUUGGCCUGUACACUCUGCCCUUCACCAGCAUGCAGAAUGGAUACCGCCAUGUGCCUCUGCUCACAAAAAGAGGAAGCCUCAUUCCUUCAGCGGGACUGUUUGUACACAUCAUGGCUCUUGAUGGUUAAUAAACUCCAACAUUCCCCUCAGUCAUUGCAAUGCCAAAGUGUGCAGAUCACUGAACAGCACAGUCAACUAAACUGUUCUCUGCAAACACUUUUUGGAUAAGAUUUGGACCUUUCUGAUAUGCCUUGUGCUUUACUGGUUAGUUCUCCUUACCAUUUGAGUACCGAGGCGUACCUUAAAAUGCUUCAUGGAAUUAGAAUGUGUGGUUUAGUAAAAAAAAAAAAAAAAAACUUUAAAGACAUAAGAAAAAGAAAUAA